AAGUGGAGUGCACAAGCGCCGCGCCUCUGAUUUGACGAUAUGACGCCGCUCGCCACUUUGUUAUUACUGAGCGUGUGUGGCGCGCUGGCGCAGUACGCGGAGGACCGUGCUCCCCGUUACAUCGCCACGGAGCCCAAGGUCACCUCUACACCAGUGCCUAUACUCAAACAGAUCAACAGGCACAAUGAAGACGGUUCUUAUACUUAUGGAUAUGAAGCCGCCGAUGGUUCAUUCAAAAUCGAGACAAAGUCUGAAGCCGGCGAAGUUAAAGGCAAAUACGGAUACAAAGACGACACCGGUAAAUUACGUGUGAUCGAGUACGGCGCCAACAAAUACGGGUUCCAGCCGGCGGGUGAGGGCAUCACUGUCGCGCCGCCCACACUCGUAGAUGAGUCCACCAGGGAUGAAGGACUACGGCCCAGCAAGCAUCAGCAGGGUGGCAGAUCCCAGUACAGAGCCCCAGCCCAGGCGCAGUCUAUUGACUAUGACUACGAGGAGCCAGCACCUGCACCGCGUCCCGCACCCCGCCCCGCGCCCCAGCAGCAGUACCGCCCGGCCCCUCCGCCGCAGCCCCAACAGCAGUACAGGCCGGCACCUCCCCCGCAGCCUCAGUACCGCCCGGCACCUCCGCAGCCCCAACAACAGUACCGCCCCGCACCUCAAUCAGCACCCACACCUCCUAAACCACAAUUCUUCGCGGGUGCAGCACCAACACCAGUAGAGCAGGAUAACUUCUUCAAUCCAGAGCCCCAGCAGAGACAAUACAAGCCCAAGCAGGAGUUCAGGCCGGCUCCUCAGCCCCAGCAGUUCUCCUCCAGGCCUCAAGAGUUCAACUCUCAGUUCGACCAGGCACCGGCCAGGUUCCCAACACAGAACCAGAUCCCACAACAACGACAGUCAUUUUCCAUGCUUGAUCAACUCCUGAAAGAAUACUCCUUACCCCAAGGAGGUUCAGCACCUCUCCAUGAUAUCAGCUUCGGGUCCUACUAGUUUCGGAAUUAAUGAAUUUUUAUAUUGUAAAUAUUUAGUGUACUUUUUUAAUUAAAAACAAUAAAGAAAUCUUUUGGUUUAUAUAAAUUCUACAAUUGAACAUAAGUUUGUUCAAAUGUAGCAUUUUUAAGAAAACUAAGAAGAAAGUUAAAUGCUGUGAAAAUACUCAAUAAAAUAUGAUAUAAAUUAGUAUGUAUAAAAAAACAAUUUGGAUUUUGUUUUGAAUCGUAUCUGUUAGUUAAAUAGAGAAAUUAAAAAGAACCUUAAACGGAUCUCAAUAGUAUUUGUGUUAUAAAAUAAAAUUAUUAAAGAUUUUUAUUCAAUCUAUUCAUUGAAAAAAAACAAUAUUAACUGUUUAGUUGCCAUUUGAUCACACGAAUUAACGUGAAAACACAUAUUAAAAAUAUUAAAAUUUAUUUAUUUUAAAA